UAGCUUGAUGUAUCUUCUUAUGCUGGAAUCUAGUACUACAGAUAACCAUAUUUCGGGCCCCGGCGAAGUCGAUCAGCCUCAACCCAUUUGGGGAUGUUUCCUCGUGGAGGCUGAAUUUACCGACCGUAGUGCCAAAGAUACCUUCUUUGCCCAUCCUGGCGUUGAAGUCGCCAAGCACGAUUUUGACAUCGUGGCGGGGGCAUCUCUCAUAAGUGCGCUCCAAGCACUCAUAAAAAGCAUCUUUGGUCACAUCGUCCUUCUCUUCCGUCGGGGCGUGGGCGCAAAUCAGCGAUAUGUUGAAGAACCUCGCUUUGAUGCGGAUUGUGGCUAGACGUUCAUUCUCCGGAGUGAAUGAUAGUACUCGGCGACGGAGUCUCUCUCCCACCACGAAUCCAACACCAAACUUGCGCUCCUUUAUAUGGCCACUGUAGUAAAUGUCACAAGGACCUACUCGUCUCUGUCCUUGUCCCGUCCAUCGCAUUUCUUGGACGGCGGUGAUGUCAGCCUUUAUCUUUACGAGGACAUCUACCAGCUGGGCAGCGGCACCUUCCCAAUUAAGGGACCGGACAUUCCAGGUGCAUGCCCUCAAAUCAUAGUCCUUAUUUCGUUUGCCAUGGUCGUCAUCAAAAGGGUGGUCUCUCAUCCGAGGCUGUGUUUGCUUUUUCAUUGGGGGUGUUUUUUUACGUGGCGGGUCCCAAACCCAGCGCACAACCCUAUGCAGGGGAUGUUUCGCCUUCUCACAUUAGCUCGCCUUCAAACGGAUGUUCUUAGGCUACCCAGAGGAUACUUGGUCAAAGACCGGAAGUCGUGAGCUGCUUGAGUCAUAUGUAAAAGAAUCGUUUCUGGCCACUCCCAAGUGAAUGGCGAUCAGAGAACUUUCCUCACUUGCGUGAACUUCUACACAUGACUCCAUCCUCCCAAUUGCUUAAAUAAAAUUCAUUCGCUUUUAUAACGUGAACAAAACAACACGCAUCCGGCUAUUUUGUUCUAUUUCGCUUUUCAUCGCUAUUCGUUCCAGCGCAAAAAUUCUUGCGCGACGACAUACUUUUGUUGGUGACCCCGACGUGAUACCGCGUGCAGUUACAUUGCAUACUUUGUUGCUUCUUUCGCAGUACCGUGUACAGAUCACCAGAUCCUACAGUUAACUCAUCGCGGUUAAUAGUUUUGUUGUUCGUAGUUUUUCUCCUAUUUUGCCGUGCAAAAAUAUACAGUGUACAAAUCACGAACUUCAACUGUUAAUUUAGUUGAACAGUUUCAUUUAAACAGUAUUAAUAUAUAUAAACAGUUUGCCGUGCAACAGUUAUCUCGUAACAUUCGAGCGGUCAUACAAGUUUAAAAAAAAUGUCGUUUUUAAAAAGAAAACGUGAAGCCAUUUUACGCAAGUUAAAUUCAAUACCACUUGGCAUGGAGGAACUUAAUUCCAUGGAUCAUGCAGAGCUGUCAGUCAGAUCAGCAGCUACCGUCAUUUGGAGGAGCGUAUACAGAUUGGCCGAACUUUUUUGGCAUAUUUCAAACAAUAGUACACGAUGACACAGAAUUGUGAGACUUGGAAAAAUUCCAGCAUCUUCGUUCAUGCCUAAAGGGAGCAGCACUGAAUACUAUACAAUCACUUGAAAUGCGUGACGAAAACUACACAAUUGCUAUGAAAUUACGUAGUCAAAGAUUCAGUAAUCAACGUUUGAUUUUUCAGGCACACAUUCAAGAGCUAUUCGGAUUACAGAGGGUGAGCACUAACAAGAAAUCAGGAGAGUUGCGUUCGCUAGUGGACAAAUUAGUAUCGCAUGUUCGAGCCUUGCAUUCGUUGGGUACGUUCGAACAAAUAGCUGAUUGUUUGCUUCAGUAUAUCGCUGCACAGAAAUUGGAUCCCGAAACACACGCAUUAUGGGAAGAAAAGGUUCCAGUUGACGAGUUGCCCACGUUAACGGACAUGGCUACGUUCUUGCAGAGGAGAUGUCAAACAUUAGAAAAUGUGACUCAUGCUAUGGUAACAAAAACACCUAGCACACAGGUGAGCAAUACAAAGUAUCGUAAAAAUGCAUUUGUUGUUUCUAAGACUUCCACCAAAAGUUGUGCGAUUUGUCAAAAACAUGACCAUAUUGUGUACACGUGCCCAUUAUUCGCAAGCUUGAGUCCAAGUGACAGAUGGAAGGAAGCCAAAAGAGCACACCUGUGCAUAAAUUAUCUCAAACCAGGACAUCAGGUGCAGCAAUGUAAAUCUUCUACAUGUCGUUGUUGCUCAAUGAAACAUCAUACCCUGCUGCAUUUUACUCAAGUCCACCAAGCCGUAAUUGGUAUUUUAGAAACCACACCUGGUCCAUCACAGCCAGCUGUCCUCGUCACAAGGACAUCAGAAAGUCGCUCGCCUUCACCUCUGUCACGCUCUUGUUCAACUGAAUGUGUGAUUCUUGCAACUGCUAUUGUUUUUGUUCGCAACAGUGUCGGAUCGCUAAUACCAUGUCGCGCGAUCCUCGAUUCUGCUUCACAACUCAACUUUAUAACGACGAGAUUAGCAAAUCAAUUACAAAUUAAAGAAUCAAAAUCGUCUUUAGCAGUUUCCGGUAUAGGAGAUUCGGAAUUUAUUGUUAAUUCUAGCGUCAACAACAAAACUUAGAGUCGUAUUCGACGGCUCAGCACAGACUAAAACUGGUUAUUCAUUGAACAAUGCGCUGAUGGCAGGUCCAACCAUUCAACCGAAGUUAGCCGACACUCUUCUUCGUUUUCGUGCAAAUCUGGUCGCCCUAACCGGAGACAUUUGCAAAAUGUAUCGGUGCAUUCGAGUCACCACACCUGAUAAUUACUUGCAAUGCAUACUUUGGAGGGACGAUCCAAAAGAUGACAUAGGAAUAUUUAAACUCGAUACGGUUACUUAUGGGACAAAGUCUGCACCAUUUUUGACUAUUCGCACCAUGCACCAACUUGCGGUCGAUGAAGCAGUUUUAUACCCCAUUGGUUCCAAAAUCAUUCAAAGCGAUUUUAAUGUCGACGACUUAAUCACUGGUGCUCACACCGUUGAAGAAGUAAAAGAAAUAAUGAAACAAACCUCUGAUCUGUUAGGUAAAGGAAACUUUAAAAUUCGAAAAUGAUGUUCAAAUAAACCAGAAGUGCGUAGCAAUGUGCCUGAUGCAGAUAAGGAGAAAUUAAUCGAAUUCGAUGAUGGAAGUGUUUUGACAAAGACGCUUGGACUUCAAUGGAAUCCCGAUGCUGAUAAUUUCAUAUUUUCGUUUACCUCUCACCAAAACAAUAGAAAAAUUACUAAGCGCUCAGUUUUGUCGGUUAUUGCUCAACUUUAUGAUCCAUUGGGAUUAAUUGGACCCGUAAUGUGCAAGGCAAAAAUAUUCCUUCAGCGACUGUGGGUGGAGAAGAUCGAUUGGGAUGAAAGUCUACCAAUGACUUAUCAAACAGCGUGGUUUUAUCUUUACGAUGAAUUUAAUAGUAUAGGAAAUAUGACUUUUCCGCGAUAUGUUGGCUUACCAAAUUCUAGCUUGGAGUUACAUGCAUUUUGUGACGCCAAUCUCUCAGCUUACGGGACAUGUAUAUACAAUCUACGAAUAUUUAACUGUCGGUUCUUUUGCUGGUCGGAUUCUACAACGGUUUUGUCAUGGAUCAAAGAGGAGCCUUCACGUUUUAAUAUUUUUGUCGCCAAUCGCAUUACAAGUAUACAGCAUUUAACUAAUGGCAUGGAGGGGCGGUAUGUACCAACACAUCUAAGCCCUGCAGACAUCUUGUCGAGAGGUGCAUCGCCCAUAGAGUUAUCAAACUCUUCACUUUGGAAAUUUGGACCCCCAUUUCUGCUUGAUUUGGAAACAAAUUGGCCAGAAAGUAGUAUUCGCGUUAGAAAUUUACCUGAACGGCGGAAAAAUGCAUUACUUUCGUCAACUUCAUUAACUGAUAUAUCACUUGAUUGUAAAUAUAUAAACUCCUUCACAGUAAUGCAGCGCAUAUAUGGUUACGUACACAUGUUCAUAAAAAUGGACCAUUCAGGUAUUCUUGAUACAACACAUAUUCAACAAGGAACCUGGUAUUUACUUCGUAUGGUGCAAAGAGAGAAUUUUUCUUCUGAAUACAAGGAUCUUAAAAGAUCUGUGCAAAUAAGUACGUCGAGUAAAUUAGCAUCCAUGUCACGAUUUUUAAACUCAUUGCACUUAUUCGAGUACGUGGUCGUUUAGAAAAUGCGUUAUUGGAUUA